GAUUCAAUAUAAGAAACUUCAGUAUCAUGAUGAUCAUUGAUUCCACUCUGAGUUUUUUGCAACCUUUCCCAUUAAUAAUACUUUUUACUAUUAUAUCCAUAUUGAUUAUGUAGAUCCAACCUUAAGCACAUUUGUACAAUUGUUCAUAAUUUUAGGAUGCAGGUCACCAGUUUCUGAUAAAUGGGGAACCUCGAUCACUUCGGGGAUCAGUUGCUUUUUUUUGCGGGGAUAAUCUUGGCUCCCAGUUCAUUGGAGGAUUCAAGGAAGGAUCGCAGGCGCAUAGACCUUGUAGGGAGUGCAUGGGCGACAAAAAUCAGAUUAAGACUCAUUUUCAUGAAAGAGAUUUUGUUUUGAGAACCCGUGAUAGCCAUAACAGACAGUGCAUUCGACUUGUCAACAACCCACAUUACAGUAAGACGUAUGGUAUCAACUCUGAUUCUGUUCUGAACAAAUCAAGGUAUUAUCAUGUGGUUGGCGGGCUGCCUCCAGAUGCAAUGCAUGAUAUCUUGGAAGGUGUUCUGCAUUACAGUGUCAAAGAAACGUUGAAAGUAUUGAUAUUUGAAAAGCAAUUUAUUACAAUUGAUGAACUCAAUGAACGCAUCUCUUCUUUUGAUUAUGGCUAUCAAAAUGAUUCAAACAAGCCAGCACCAAUCCAGCGAAGUCGCCUUCUGUCAGAUGACCACACUAUCAAACAGCAUGCAAACCAAAUUUGGUGCCUGGCCAGAAAUCUGCCUCUUCUGAUUGGUGGUCUUAUUCCUGAUGAAGAUGAACACUGGGGUCUUUUCUGUGAUUUGCUUGAGAUAAUGCGCAUAAUUUUUGCACCAACAGUGAGUGCUAAUCAAGUGGCUUAUUUACAAGUUUUGAUUCAAAAUCACCAUGAGAAGUUUAAAGAAUUAUAUCCAGACUGUUCCAUAACACCCAAGAUGCAUUACAUGAUACAUAUGCCACGAACAAUAUUGAGGUACUAAAUAAAUCAGUGUUUAGAAGGAUAACUUGUUAAUGAAUUAUUGCUAUUUUUGGCCCUCAAGUUUGUUAUUGAAGCUUUCCAAAGUAAACUUCACCUUUGCUGGAUCUUUAACAAGCCAAAGUGAAACUUUAAGAUAACAAGUCCUUGGUUAUUUGUAUGAAAGUCAUUAAAAUUGGAAAAUUUAAAUUAUCAGGCAGCUUAAUUUAUUGACUAUCAGAACUGGGUAUGACACGCGCCUCAUACAGUUUGAUGUAACACAAAAGAAAUAAUCACGCAGCUUAACAUUUUGACUAUCAGAACUGGCGGGUGGCACGCCUCAUACAGUCUGAUGUAACACAAAAGAAAUGAUUAUGCAGCUUAAUGUAAUAACUAUCAGAACUGGCGGGUGGCACGCCUCAUACAGUCUGGUGUAACACAAAAGAAAUGAUUAUGCAGCUUAAUGUAAUAACUAUCAGAACUGGCGGGUGGCACGCCUCAUACAGUCUGAUGUAUUAACACAAAAGAAAUAAAUAUGCAGCUUAAUGUAAUAACUAUCAGAACUAGCGGGUGGCACACCUCAUACAGUUUGAUGUAACACAAAAGAAAUAAUCAUGCAGCUUAAUGUAAUAAGUAUCAGAACUGGCAGGUGGCACACCUCAUAGAGUCUGAUGUAACACAAAAGAAAUGAUUAUGCAGCUUAAUGUAUUAACUAUCAGAACUGGCGGGUGGCACGCCUCAUACAGUCUGAUGUAACAAAAGAAAUAAUCAUGCAGCUUAAUGUAUUAGCUAUCACAACUGGCGGGUGACACACCUCUUACAGCUUGAUGUAGUCAACUUAUUGUCCAUCGCUCCAGAUGAGCUGACAUUCUUUAAGGUACUUCCAGUUUUUAAAUACAACCUUUAUUUCAACAUGAUUACAUAUCACUUAGCUUUCACCAAGUGUGGGUUCGAUACCUCAGGUCAGUUGUGUCAUUACAUAGUGAACAUUGAUGAUGAUGUACAACUUUUGAUUUAGCAUUG